AUGGAUGAAAGAGAUGCUGCAACAGGCCUUCGUGGCCUGUAUCAGGAUCUCUCUGCUCUUUCGGCUUCGUCCUUUGUCAACAUCGAGCGUCUUCGAGUCGAGCUGGAGACUCACAUCGAUGAUUUCAAGAAGCUCCUCGACAAACCUCCAAAGAACAACACAAGUCGCCAGGCGGUCCUCUCCGGUAAAAUUACCGUCGACGACCUCGAGUACUCGAUCAAUGAAGAAUUUCAACAGGGAGCGUUAAUGCUGGCAGAUGCGCUGGAUCUCGAUGAAUUGCAAGCGGCAAUGCUGUUUAUGGCGGCGCAGGAAGACGCUCCUGUCUUGGAUCGGCCUCCCGUCAUCGCUGCGAUUAUGCGAUUCCAUGAGCGCCGACAAUUCUUGCUCGACUCAUUACGGCUUAUUUUCCAGGAGUCCUUCGAGGUGGAGCGGGAGAUGACACAGGUUCUCAUGCAGGAAAUGUUGGCAUUUGUGGUUGAAAUAAAGGAUGGGCCGUUGCGAAAUGCGUCACUAUUCACGCGCAAAUGCAUGAAGUCGAUGGAAGACAUCGAGAGGUGGCUUGUCCUCCUUAACGAGCAAACCCAAAAAGCCUCCAUCGUUGGUCAGUCAGCGGAAUACGACAUCGUGGAGGCUCUCGAAUACCAACGCAGCAGCUUACAGCAACAACAUGAAUCCCUUGGUGCUGUGCUAUGCUACCUAUUCAAAGGACCUUACACCAGUUCGGAGGAUCUCCGCUUACUCCUGGACCACCUUCGGAAGCUCGAACGUUUCGAUGGACUCCUUAUUCACUACCUUCCUUGCAUAAUUGCCUCUUUUGUUCAGCAUGGGUCUCCAGAAAGCUCUAGUUCUUAUAGGGACGCUAGAAGCCUACAUACAGCGAUCACAUCCUCCAAAGACGUUCAACCCUGGAAGGUUCCCACGUUCCACUCUGCGGUCGUCGCACUAUGGCUCGCUGUCUACAGCGGGUGGGAUUUCGAUGGGCCUGCCUCUCCUCUCCAGGGAGUGGACUUGGAGAAAGAUUCAGAAGAGCGCACAAAGAUGUUCAUGACUGCUCUGGAUGAUGGAGGCCUCGAACUCAUCCUCGCCGUCUGCUAUGGCGUGAAUGAUGAAGAAUGGGCUGAUCCGGCCCGUAGUGAACUGGUCACGUUACUAUUGAAAGAAAGCGCGUCGGCAACACUGGAGACGGAUAGUUGCUCGGAUUUCUUAAAGGUUCUUCUGAUGGAGAAUUUUGAGGCCUUUGCCGAGGCAUGUAUAGCGAACAUGCCCGAUGCGGUGCGGAUGUUGAAGACCGAAGAGGAUUCGCAAAGACUGGAUCAUCUUACGGCUUUACGAGACGGUUUGACUUCGAGCCUCCAUCGUGGCCUGGUAGAGGCCCGAACACAUCUUGAGUCGUUCUUGAUGAUCAUGGCAUUCGCGUUCGAGCAUCGGCCAGAUGCCGCACAGGAAUUCUGGGCUGAUCCCGAUGGUAACCUUUAUGGCUUCCUCCAAUGGGCAUCGAAACGGCAAACUGUUCCCAGGGUCAGCGCAUUCUGCGAGUUACUCUGCUCCAUCUCCGUAGGCGAGGACAAUGCCACUGCAGCCCAUCGGUUCUUGUCUGAAGAGGACAAGUUCAUGUCCGCGAAAUUCAAACGAUCCACGUCCAUGAACUGGUCGCAGAUGUUCGCUGAGCUUCAACUUUAUGCAACGAGAGUUACUGAAAAGCCGUCUACUUCGCAGGCGAUCCUGCGAUCAAGGAAACUCGACCCAGCUGAUAUGAGCGAGCCGGAGAGUCCAGUUAUGUUGACAUGCUACCUGAGGCUACUAGAGCAUCUGAGUAAGCAGAGUGCUACGAUACGAGACUGGCUGCUUCACCACCCUACGUUCAAUGUCGUUGGCACGUUGUUGACACUCUGCAGUGGGCCCAUUCCUACGCAUCUGCGAGCAAACGUCUUUGCAGCGCUUGCGGCCCUGAUGACAGAUAGAACUUCUCACAAUGGGAACGAAAUGUGGCUUUCUAUUGACCAGUGGAUUUCUGGGGGUUCUAUGAGUGCUUCCAACCUAGGGAAAGUCCCGGUCGUUUCCAACCCGCUUGUGUGGCAUGAACAACAGGCCUUCCAAAGGAUUGGCGAGAGUUUCGAUCAAGCCAAUGCCUUCGUUCGUCUCGUUUAUUCGCUCAUCUCCCCUGCCCUCGAUUCAGCUGAUUUUCACCUCUCCUUGCCGUUUCCCGAGAGCCUGGGUUCGUCCUACCGGAUGCCAGGCAUUGAACCUUACAUAGACUUUGUCAUGGGUCAGGCUCUGUCCAGGAAAAUUUUGAACGAACGGCAGACCCGCUUCCUGACUUACAACUGCUUGGAUUUCAUCGUGACAUGUCUGCAGUCUUUCAACGAAAGCCUGGUUUCCGUUCUCAGCCAGCCUACGGUAUCCACUGAUAGUAUCGUCAAGCAAUCCACAUUCGUCACCUACAUUCGUCUCCAUCCUUUUGCACGGGUCACGGAGUGGCUUUUCAAUGAGGAUGUGAUCAAAGCUAUCUUUGCUACAGCCCAUCAAGAUGUUAAUGAGGUUGCAAAAGCCUCGUCAGACUCCGUCCUCGUCCAGUCCUUGGUCCGGAGCUUGGAAGUCAUGGACAUGAUGAUCGACCUUCAGUCGACGUAUUUUAAUAUUGUGAGGCCGGCGAUCAAGGCCCAGACCGGCACGAGCAGAACAAAUGUAGCGAACUCUGCGCUGUCAGCUUUUGAGGAUAGCAUUCUCAACAACUUGUCUAUUAUCCCUGCGUUGUGCCUUUACUGCAGCACGGGGCAUCAGCAGCUCACCGUCACGUCUAUGGCAUUGCUGGAGAAGCUAUCCAGCUCGAGAAAGCUGAAUAAGAUCACGUCGCCAGAGUUGUCCAAGUGGCGUUCACCGAACAAGAUCGUCGAAGUUCUGAGUGCUGAGGUAGAUCUCAACAGUGUGUCACGUCCACUUGUGUCCCAGAUGCAACCCGAGUCGAGAGAGAUAGAAGCUGGCCCACAAUCUCCGGGGUACAUUAUCAGGGAAAGCCUCCUGGCACUUCUCAACAGCUGUCUCAGCACGAUCAAUGACCGACCCACGAUAGCUCACCUGCUCCUUGGGUUUAACAGCAUCGGAAACAUACUUGAUAUCGCUCCUGACAGCCUGUUUGCUGAUAAGAUGUCACUGCUCCAUGCUGUCAUCGGAUUCUUGCAGAACUACCCUGACGCGCUGGAUGGCAAUAUUCUCCCAUGGCUGGUGCAUGUCAAGCGCAUGGCCUUUGGGGUCCUGAAACACCUUUGGUCUUCUAAGCUUUCUUCCUACUUCACACUCGCCGAGAUGCGUGGCAGCCGCUUUCUUCUCAGUAUGUUCGCGUGUCAGCCGAUCAUAGGGCCAAACACACCCUGGGAUGGAUUUCUAAUCGGCACGCCUGAGUUCUGGCUUUCUGAAUCAACGGCUGGUCUUGCAGAAUUUCUUCUUUACAGAAGCUAUUUGUUCGAGUACGCCGCGACUGAAAUUCGCUCGGCUACAAAGCUCGGGUCUCCAACUCUUCAAGCUGAAAUAAUUUCAACUCUAUUUGGAAACUCUGUUUCGGAAACUGGGGAGACCAUUGUGAAUCCUUCCGUCUUCGACCUGUUCGAUUUCGCGGACCUGGACACUCAACAUCAGUUACAACCACCGGCCCUAAGCUUCCUUGAUGGUAUUGAAUUUGACGCGUGUGCAAGACCGGAAACGGACAGUUCUCCAAUUGUCUACAACUUGGACGAGAUAGUAGAACUUGUUCAGGUCAGAAAGGAAGAAUUGUCAUUGAGUGGACAUCUACGACCUCAGGACGAAGAGCUAUUCCAGGCCGAGUCCGAAAGUUUGAUAUUAUUCAUACGGUCCACAAACCAAGCAAGCCAGAUCGCGUUCAAUCGUUAUUUGGCCCUACGGUCCUGGACACAGCUCAUCACCACGAUGCUCACUUGCUCUGAAAUCGAUGGCGGAAGGAGAGCUACCUUCAUCCUGCAUUCGCUCCAGUUGAUCCUCCCCAAGCUAGAAAUUGCUAUUGAGGAAGACCUACCGGAAGGCUUAGAAUUGGCACGACUGGCCGAGACCUUGGUUAGUAGACUGGAAUCUACGAAGCCUGGUUCUGGUAAUCCCCGCAGGAGUGGCGACGUUCUUGAUGAAAAGCUUCAUCAAUUAUUUCAGGUCUGCGUGAGAGGUGUAACCUUAGCAAACGGAAAUGUGAGCAUCAGGGAGACCUUCUACAACACUUGCGCACACUAUGUCGCUGGUAUCAUCUCAACAGAGCCCGUUCAUCAGAGUAUGAAGUUCCAGAGCCAGCAAGUGAUCAAAGCUGCAGGCCAUGCCCUGAUUGAGGCCGUCUGCGAUGAUGCGUAUGCUGGCCAGGAGACAUGCCGAGUAUCUGCCCUUUUGCUCCUCAAUCUGUUGGCUGCUCUGGAUAGGCAAGCGGAUGGAUUGUUGGCCGAUUCUAUAUCCCAGUCCAACUAUUUGAGCCUCUUCUUGGACACCAUCAGGUCGCUACCUAUCGAAUUGAGAAACGCCCAGGCCAGUGAUACUCCUUUGCUAUUGUCCUACUACCAGUCGCUCUUGUCUCUUCUUCAGGAGCUUUGCCAGACCAAGAAUGGUGCGACGUAUGUCCUGAAAACUGGCCUGUUCCAGGCAGUGCGGGACUCGCAGCUAUUCGCAGCCGACCCAGAUCUCGGCAUCGAUAUUGAUAACCCGGAUGCUCUUCGAAAGUACUAUGACCUGCUUGACUCGGUCCUCCGAGUUGUUGUCGCCGCCGUUUUCUCCCGAGGGCUGCACAACGAGCAGAUGCUGGAGCAAACUCGAGUCUUCCUUGCCGAGAAUAGACAAAGCAUGGUUGGCAUUUUCAAGAGAUUUGCCAAACUUGGCGGUGCGGGUGCCGCAGAUCACCAUGAUGCACUGCGGAAACUCACUAAGUCAUACCUGGCACUUAUCACGGCCACGGAUUUUCUGGAUAACUCGAGAGGCACCACCGAGCAGAGGAGCGGUAAGCGCAAGUCUAUCGGGAAGAGGAAGCUCUCUGAUCAAGGGGAGGCAUUGCAACAACCCCAGCAGCAGCAAGCGAACAUUUCGGAAUUCCUCUCUCGGAACCAUACAACCCCCGCCAGAGGUCAUCACCAGCAGACGUCCCCGACGAGCAAGCGUCUACGACUAUCGCCACCCUCAUCGGACUCUGUCCCUUCGGCUUACUCGCGAGAUCGCAGCGCAUCCGACAGGAUGUACAAUUUCGCAAAUGCAGAGUCCAGGCCUGGCGCGCCGAUGGGACAGAGUGCGAGCGGGGCCGAUCUUCCUAAUACAACCACUAAACCUCGCACCUUUAACGCAACGUCGCGCCAAAACAAUUUCACUCCCCACACUGGAGCAAAGCGAUUGGUCGUGAAGAAUCUCCGCACGGGAUCACGGUUGAACCAGGAGUCAUAUUUUGAGAAGAUUUGGGGCCAACUUGAUGCUGCGCUGUCGGCGAUCUUUGGUGGUGGAAAGCCCGAAAUUUCGCUCGAAGAGCUUUACAAGGGUGCCGAAAAUGUAUGUCGCCAAGGUCGAGCUGCAGUUCUAGCCAAACGGCUCCAGGAUCGGUGUCGAGAACAUGUAUCUGGGAGAUUACGCGAUAAAUUGGUGGCAAAGGCUGCAGAUGGGAGCAACGUCGAUACACUGCGAGCGGUGGUAGAAGCAUGGUCGCAGUGGCAGUCAAAGCUGGUAACCGUGCGCUGGAUCUUCUACUAUCUCGACCAGUCAUUCCUCCUCCAUUCCAAAGAGUUUCCCAUGAUACGUGAGAUGGGCUUAAUUCAAUUCCGGCAGCACAUAUUUUCCGAUGCCGUAUUACAGCCGAAGAUCCUACAGGGCGCUUGUGACCUUGUCGAGGCGGACCGUGGCGAAGAACAAAGCGUGGUGGCUGACUCGUUAUUACUUCGAAAUACAAUUGAACUGUUCCACGGCCUUGACAUCUAUACAACUGGCUUUGAACCGCUUCUCAUAUCGGAAUCCAAGAAAUACUUUUCUUCAUGGGCCCAGCGAGAAGCAACAGGGUACUUGGCUACUUUUGCCGAGAACAGCCACCGUCUAAUUGAGCGGGAAGUGACUCGAUGUGAGCUGUUUUCGCUGAAUAGAAGCACCAAGCAGAUGUUAUCAGAGCUGCUGGAUCGCGCCUUGGUAACAGAACAAGAAAAUGUUUUGCUCAACCAGCCCGAUAUACUAGGCCUACUACGUGCGGGGAACAAGGUUGCUUUAGAAAGGCUUUAUUCACUCCUUCAACGGAAGGAUCUCGGUGCGAAGUUGAAGGCCGCUUUUAGUGGUUAUAUUAUUGAGGAGGGCUCUGGGAUCGUCUUUGACGAGGAUAAAGAAGCAGACAUGGUGGCUCAUCUAUUAGAAUUCAAGCAGCAACUUGACGAUAUUUGGGUCAAUUCUUUCCACCGAAAUGAGGAGUUGGGCCAUACACUCCGCGAAGCUUUCGAGACGUUCAUCAACAAAGGAAGAAAGUCAGAAUCUACUGGAGGUACCGACAACCCCAAGACUGGAGAGAUGAUUGCCAAGUACGUGGACAGGCUCCUCAAGGGUGGGUGGAAGCUUGCACCUGCGCGCAAGGCGGAGGACAUGCCACUUGCCGAUGAAGACGCCGAAAUCGACAGACAACUGGAUCAGGUCCUAGACCUGUUCCGUUUUGUCCAUGGAAAAGCAGUCUUCGAAGCCUUCUACAAGAAUGAUCUUGCUCGUCGGUUGCUGAUGGGCAGGAGCGCCAGCGACGAUGCGGAAAAGAGUAUGCUGGCAAGGCUCAAGACAGAAUGUGGGUCAAGUUUCACACAUAAUCUGGAGUCCAUGUUCAAAGAUAUGGAUGUUGCCCGCGAUGAGAUGUCGGCAUACAGCUCAAUACAGCGCGAACGGCGGGACCGUCUACCGGUGGAUUUGAACGUCAGCGUGCUUUCGGCAUCAGCAUGGCCAACAUACCCCGAUGUUCAGGUGCGGAUACCGCCCGAAAUUGCGACUGCCGUCGACGAUUUCGAAAAGUUCUACAACACCAAAUACAACGGGCGCAAGCUCAAUUGGAAGCACCAAUUGGCACAUUGUCAGCUACGCGCAAGGUUUCCCAAGGGAGAUAAGGAAUUGGUGGUCAGCUCCUUCCAGGCGAUCGUGCUGUUGCUCUUCAACGAUAUCCCGGAGGGGGGAAGCCUCGGGUAUGCACAGAUACAGGAGGCGACCAUGUUAUCUGAUCAAGAACUGAAACGAACGCUGCAAUCGCUCGCAUGUGCGAAAUACCGUGUUCUAAGCAAGAAGCCGAAGGGCCGGGAUGUGAAUACGACAGACGAGUUUUCAUACAACGCGGCAUUCACCGACCCGAAGAUGCGAAUUAAAAUCAACCAAAUUCAACUGAAAGAGACGAAGGAAGAGAACAAGACCACGCAUGAGCGGGUGGCUGCCGAUCGUCACUAUGAGACUCAGGCAGCGAUUGUGCGAAUCAUGAAGAGUCGCAAGACGAUCACGCACGCUGAGCUUGUCGCUGAGGUUAUCAAGGCAACCCGAAGUCGGGGAGUGCUAGAGCCGGCGGAUAUUAAGAAGAAUAUUGAGAAACUGAUUGAGAAAGACUACAUGGAGCGCGAGGAAGGGAACCGGUAUCAAUAUGUGGCCUAG